AUGGGAGUUAAUUUAUUUUGUUUGAUAAUAAAAUUUAAUUUUUUAGUCGAGACAAAUCAUCGUCUACACGAUCCUGCAUAUCAAAAGAAAAUAGAAUCAAUGAGAGUUGAUGUAAGAAAAGCUAUUGAAACCAAUCUUCAGAAAAGAUCAAAAUCGGCAAAUAUGAUUUUCUCACUUAAACGUUACAAAGAUUUGGGUAUGGAAAUUGAACGUUCACUUUUUUCGAUUCAUCAAGAUGUUAAUUUGGGAUAUCGCAAAUGGUUCAAAAGCUUCAUUACUGUUGUUAACGAUGAGAUGAAUGGUUUCUUCCGCGAUGUUCUCAGAGAUAAAGUUUCAGUCAAAAAAUUGGUAACACUGUCGAUUGAUCAGAUGAGUGUACCAUUGCCUCAGAAUGAAGCGAAUACUUUAUUUUUUGCUGGUCAUGCUCCUUCAACGUCUAGUAAUUUUAUAGUUGCGGCUGCCGAUUCAACAUCAAUCUCUGAAACACCUGAAGAGAAUGUUUAUAAUGAACCAUGUACUUCUGUUAGCAAGACUACUCAAAUUCGCAAAAAAAUUAUCACAACAGCAAGUCGACACAAUAUGGUUAAAAAAGCACCGUUACAGGCAAAGUCCACACUUGAUGACAUUUUGGGUGAUUUGAAUAAAGAUACAACACAUCUACACAAUAGUCACUUAUACGAUGCAAACUGUGGUAUAUGUAAACAAAUGAAUUUGAAGAAAUUUGCUGAAAAAGAAAGACAGGAACGUUUAGAAGCAGAGCUUGAACAAAGAAGAAGGGCUGAAGAAGUAAUUAGUGGACAAGUAAAUUUCCCUGAUUUGGAUCCUUCAAUCCAAGCUGCAAUGUUGGAAGUUAGGGCUGAUGAAACAGCCUCGAAUGGAUGGGAUAUUCUGAAGCAAAGGAGAAGUGGACAAUUUGAUAUGUUGGAAUGCUCUGCCUCAUCACCAACUAUUAAUAACGAUAACAACAACAUAUUAUUAGACGGAGAUGUAAUUUUUGGUCGUUGCGAUAACCCAUUCGAUCAGGAACGUCAUCUACGUGACCCUUUAGGCCUAGAAUUAGUUGACGCACUUCCUCCAGAACAAAUUUGUGAAAAUAAUCAUGAAGAUGACAAUAUGUCUUUCGAAGGAGGGGAGAAUGAUUAUGGAAAUGAUGAUGCUUUCAAUGGCGGUUUUAAUAAUUAUGCCCCUGAAAUAUCAUCACAAUUGGCCCCUGAAGUGCAAGAUACAAACGUUGAUUUUCGUUCAACUCAAAAUGAUUACCACCAAUUCAAUCAAAGUGAAAAGCCGAGAGAAGAUGAAGUUUCAUGCAUUUCUCCAUUUGAACAGAUAAACAAUAAUAUAGAAAUGACAAUUGAAAAUAAUGAGAAUUGGAAUUCCUUUAAUGGAUCAAUGCUUCAUCCUAUUAAUGGUCAAAUGAUAAUUGACGAGCAAGAAUUCAAUCGAGGAAAAAGGUUCAACAAUCAAAUCUGGAAAGGGAAAUUUAUUUGGACUAACUUGGCCUCUUUCGAUUGUACUUUAUCUGCAAUCAGCAAUAAAGGGGCUUUCAAAGUUGGUCGUGAAUUACCUCCAGUUCUCCAUGUAAUGGGUCGAUCAGAAGCUAUUGGUGUUUGGAAAUAUAUCGAUCGGUUAAAAGACAAUUAUCAGUAUGAGUUUUAUACGCGUUUUUACGAAAAAGUCAAUUAUGACAACAAACAAAUUAUUGUUUUGGAUUUAACUGGCCAUGACCGAAUAAAGGAUGGAUAUAUUUUUACUCUUGCACCUGGGAAGCCGUUACCAAGUAUUCUUUUUCCUUUUGAUGGACCUGGGUUGCCGGAAUGGUGUGGACGUAGAGGUUGCAUGAUUAUUAUGCUUGUUCGUCGAAUGGAUCGUGAGGAUAAACUCCUGCUUAAACGACUAGAUGAAAAUUGUCGUCCACCUACAUUACAACCUCGCAAUAUCCCAACAGAACGUGUUGAUUUACUUUCUUCGCCUGCUGAACGUCAACAACAAUCACGUUUACUCGAUCCCAGGUUAGACAAAAAUUUGACUCGUCAUUCGAAAUGUUAUCGCCCGCAUCAUUUAUUCCGUGAAAUGCCCCAUUUAUUUGAUGAUAUAAUUGCCCAAUUUAGUAGUGGGGAUGAGGAAGGGCUGGAGGAAGGAGAAUUAUUGCAAUAAAGUUUAAUCUCCUGUUGCUUUUAAUUAUGAUUUUUUGAAAUAUAAUGGAAUUUCUUACAAAGUUUUUAAUUAUCCCAUUAUUAUUCUU